AUGUCGAACGAUUUAGAAUGCAUGUGUUGUUCAGAAUUUGAUAACGUAAAACAAUUAUUGGAUUCAAAAAAAUGUGUUACUGCUACUGCUUCCUUUGAAAAAAUUAUUUUAGAUGAAGAAAUAUUGAAUAUUACUCGCCAACAGAUGAUUAUGAAAACUAAAAAUAAAUUGAAGAAAAAGCAGUUGAGCGCGUUAGAAGUACCGAAUAAAACAUGGAGAUAUAUUUGUUAUGUUCAGUUUACUCAUUGGGUUAAUUCAUGGACUUCAUUGGGAAAAGGAGUCAGAGUUGUCAUUCCUGCAUGUGUCAUAAACAAAAUAAGAAAUAAGUACCCGGAAAAAGAUGGACUGUAUGUUGGUUUCAAAAAAUCAAAUACA